UUGAAUAAAUCUUUUUAUUUAUUGUUGUUUCUGUUGUUUUGCUAGGUUUUGAAUAAAAAUUUGUAGAGAAAAAGCGUUUAAAACAAGAUAGAUGUAGGUGUUCCGUUUAUUUAGUGGCACCCUGUAAAUGCAACAGUUUUUGUUUACGAAUACGGGUGGACAAAUCGGAGCAUCUUAAAAAACAACAAUCUUCUAGAGAGGUACCAAUCAAUUCAAUUAAUUCGUGUUUCAGUAUUCUACAACAGACACAUAAUUUAUGGAACAUCUUCAAUCAAUUUCAAAACAAUGGGAAACUAUAUCAAUUGGAACAAUAAUCGUGACUUUCGAAAAUAUUGAUUUGAUUGAUAAUAAAAUGCAAUUGUUAACCCGUAUUUUAGAACCAAAUACAAUUCCAUAUUAACAUGCGUUCUUGGUUAUUGAAAAAAUAAAGAUAAUGUUUAUAAAUUUUGUAAAGGACUUGAGUAUUUGGUAAAAUCUCAGAAUUUAUCAGGUAAUUAUCAGUUUUUAUUAACAUUAUUGGAAGUGACUGAAGAAACAAACGGAAGAAAUUGCUAUAUGAAUUAUCAACAAUUCAACGACGAAUUUAUUAAAAAACAACCCAAAGUAACAUUUAUUGUUUAUUCACAUUAUUAUGACUCAGUUGAUCUUGUCAACCUUGUUAAAAAAUUAAAACGAACUGAUAUGGAUAAUUUAUUAGAAGCUGUCAAUGUUUGAAAUGAAUCAUUCAUUACUGCACAAACAAUUAUUGAUUUUGUUAAAUUAGGAUGUUUUGUUGAUAGUAUUAAUGUUUACAUCGGAAAUAAACAACCACCAAUAACAUUAAAUGAUAUUUUACUACAUAUCGGUACAUUAUUAAAACAAAAGGAAUAUACAGAUAUAGUUAGUUAUUUUCAAACAUGUUUAUCUGCAUUGUCUGGUAUUCAACGGUUGUAUUUAGAUUUAACUGAUAAAGAAGAAUCAAAGCGUACAAAAAUAAUUCAUAUUAUUAAUAAGUCAUCAUUGAAAAUUAUUGACUCAGAACAGCAACAUUAUCAAUAUAAAAAGCCACAAAGAUAUGAUGUGUGUUUAGAAUCACAUAAAGGUGAAAAAAUUUAA